GGGGGGGGGGAGUCGCGCUCCUCCCCGGCGCGAUGGAGCCGCGGGGCCCAGGCGUCCGGGCGGCCUGGGUGCCCGGAGCCCUGCUGGUGCUGCGCGUCGCCGCCCUGGCCGGAGACGAGGCGUCCGAGUGCUUCACGGUGAACGGGGCCGACUACCGGGGGGCCCAGAGCCGGACGGGGCCCGGGCCGGCGGGGCGGCCCUGCCUCUACUGGAACCAGACCGGGGCCCAGGCCUACAACACGGCCCGCUUCCCCCACGGCGAGGGCGGCCUGGGGCCCCACAACCACUGCCGCAACCCCGACGGCGACGCCCGGCCCUGGUGCUACGUGGCCGAGGGCGAGGACGGCGGCUCCUGGAAGUACUGCGACAUCCCCUCCUGCCGCAUGCCCGGCUUCGUGGGCUGUUUCGUGGACUCGGGGUCACCGCCGGCGCUGAGCGGGGCCAGCGGCACCUCCACCCGCCUGACGGUACCGCUCUGCAUCCGCUUCUGCCGCGCCCGCGGCUACGAGUUCGCGGGGGUGGAGGCCGGCUACGCCUGUUUCUGCGGCCACGCGGGUGACGUGCGCCGGGGCCGGCGGGCCGGGGCGGCCGAGUGUGACCAGGUGUGCUUCGGCAAGGCCAGCCAGCUGUGCGGCGGUGACGGCCGCCUCGCCGUCUACCACGUGUCGGUGGGCGCCUGCCGGGCCAACAGCUCGGCGCCGGCCGGCGUCGUCUACUCGCCCGACUUCCCCGACGACUACGGCCCCGACGCCGACUGCCGCUGGCGGGUGGGGGCGGGCGCCGGGGCCCCGCUGGAGCUCACCUUCCGCCUGUUCGACGUCGCCGACCCCAACGACCGGCUGCAGCUGCGCGACGCCCGCACCCGCCGUCUCCUGGCCCAGUUCGACGGGCGCCGGCCCCCGCCGGGCCCGGGGCCCCUGCGGCUGCCCACCGACGCCCUGCUGCUCACCUUCCGCUCCGACGGGCUGCUGCACGCCCGCGGCUUCGCCCUCACCUACCGCGGUGUAGCCGCCCCGGUGACGGGCACCCGGCCGCCCCCCGACCCCCGGAGCCCCCCGGCCCGGCCCGGCGCCCCACAACCCCCCGGCGCCCCACAGCCCCCGUGGGGGGGCCGAGCCUGGCUGAUGUUGGCGGCCGCCGGCACCUUCGUCUUCGGCCUCCUCCUCCUCCUCGCCUGCCGCCUGCGCAAGAGGCCCUGCCCGCUGCGGCCCCGCAAGGUGCCGGGGGGGGGCUGCGGCUGCCUGGGGGGGCAGCCCUGGGCGGUGUCGUACCGGCCCCACGGCGGCCCCACGGCGGCGGAGCCCCCCCCCGGGGCCGAGGGGGGGGCCGAGGCCACGCCGGGCCCCAGCCCCCAGCCCUCGCUGCGCUGCCUCCUGCCCCCCAGCUGAGGGGCCGCCCCACGGCCCCCCCAUUAAAUUAUUGCCGCCA